CUCUUCCUUCAACUAAACCUAUUUUUGCUAUAGCCCCGAGUACUAUUUUAUUAUUAUAUCAAGAAGCCAGCCUCGUCAUAAUAAACCCAUGAGACGCGUCGGCAUUACUUUCCUCGCUGCCCUAGCAGCUAUCGGCACGGUCGGAGUGCUGGCCAACCCAGUGCCCGACGAUUCAUCAGAUGUGGUGGCAACCACGACCAGCUCCCAUGGCAAGGACGUCAACCCGACGCCAUUUGUGAUCCCGUCUCUGCAGGAGUGGCAGGGAGCCAAGGGCACGUGGCAGCUAACCAAGCAGACGCGAAUCGUCGUCGACCCGAAGUACGCCAAGGGCGGCUCCUGCGACGCCCCAAACACGUUCAUGGCGAACCCCUCGACUCUGACGGACUUUGCCAAGACACUGCAAAAGGACCUGCACGAGGUGACCGGCCACGAGCUCCAAGUCGCGGUGUCGAGCAAGCCCUCAAAGGGCGACAUUUUCCUGACUUUGGGCGCUAACGCGCAGGACAAGGCCUUGAACCACGAGGGAUACUUGUUGGAUAUCAACAAGAAGGGCGUGCAGAUCCAGGCGGUGACAUCCCGCGGAGCGUUCUGGGGCACACGGACGUUGCUGCAGAUGGUGAUACUUGCCGAGGGGGAUGGGCUGGCGCAGGGCCGGGCCAGAGACUUCCCGAACUACAAUGAGCGCAAGUUCAUGCAGGACAUUGCGCGCAAGCCGUUCCCGCAGUCGGAUCUGCGCGAGUACUCGGUGGUGACGUCGUUCUUCAAGUACAACACCUUGCACCACCACUACAAUGACAAUCCGGGCAUGCGCGUCAAGAACCUGAUGCCCAACUGGAAUACGUACUAUUCGGGGUUCCGCCUCAAGUCGGAUAACCCAGAGUUUGCCAAAUACGCAAAUGCAGAUAUGGCGUAUACCAAAAAGGAUAUGCGCGAGUUCCAGGAUUUCAUCAAGGCGCACGGACAGGACCUGAUUCCGGAGAUCGAUACGCCGGCGCAUUCUUUGUGCUUUACAAAGUUCCAUCCAGAGUGGUCGAUUCAGAACGACACCGCGCGCGGCGACUGGCUUGACCUGGGCAAUCCCGAAGUGUGGACGUUUGUGGAGAAGCUGUGGGGCGAGUUUGUCGGAUGGUUUGACUCGCGCGAGAUUUCGAUAGGCGCCGACGAGUACGACGAGACCAAGGGCGACUUGGCGCGCAAAUUCGUCAACCACUUCCACGACUACUUCCGGGACAACUUCAACCGCACCGUGCGCAUGUGGGGCUCGGACGUCAAACUGCCGGGCACCAUUGAAAUCAAAACCGACAUUACCACGGACCACUGGGACUGGACGUACUCGAACCCGGUGGAUCUGGUGAAGCGCGGCCACAAGGUGUCGAAUCUGAAUGCUCCCGACGUCUACUUGGUGCCGCGCUCGCAGUCGUACUGGGACUACCUGGACAGCAAGAAGCUGUAUGAGCUCUGGGAGCCCUGGGUGUUUGACAUCCUCGACAAGACCAAUUCGAGCCGCAAUCUAAAGCCGAACGAGCCGCUGCUUACGGGCGGCGGGUUCGCCAACUGGAACGACUUUUUGGGUGAGUCUGUGACGCGCGUCGAGGUGUUCGACCGUGUGUCCAAGGCGGCUGGCGCUGUGGCCGAGAAGCUAUGGUCGGGCGCGCAAAACACUCAGCGUGUUUCCUACGACGACUGGGCACCCAAGGCCAAGAAGCUGCUGGAGAACAUCCCCGGGCUGACACUGCAGCGCCGGCCCAAGUCCAAGGGCCAGUUCGUCAUUUCGUAUGACUUUGAGGAUGGUGUCAAGGAUGCGUCUGGAAACCAGUACCAUGGCGAGCUCAAGAACGGAGCCAAAAUCGUCGAAAUCGGCGAGGGCCACGGCAAGGCAGUGCAGCUCUCGAGCGAUGCGUACAUUGAGACGCCGUUGGAGUCGAUCCGGUACCCGUACGCAAUCGGGCUGUGGGUCAAGCCCACCGGUGACCAGCAGCCGAACGCCGUGUUGCUCGAGUCUGGCGACGGCAGAUUGCUGAUUAGCAAUGCGACCAGCCCGACAGUGACGUUCGAGCAGGACGGGCACCAGUAUGCGACGCAGAUUAUCCUGCCCAAGGACAAGUGGUCGCAUAUUGCGUUUUCGGCCGAUGGCACCAAGACGUCGGUGUUCUUCAAUAUGCGCAGGCAGACGUGGGUGCAGUACUGGAACCCGAGGUGGGACCAGCUGCGCAACGAGACGAUGGUGGUGACCGGACCGAUUGGCACAAUUGGCAGCGCCAAGGGCAAUAGCGUCAACGGCGUGGUCGACGGAUUCUUUGUGCUCAACCGUGCGUCGUAUGGCGGCGAAAUGGCGUUCCUGGGCAAGCAUUACGCCAAUGCACUGCCAUGAAAGAGUCAUGUGACGUGAACCCACCCAAUAAAUACCCUGACAGCUUGAGCAAGCAAAAGACAUGACGCGGUUCUCCUUUCGUUCAAUAGUAAUUUCCCUUUUCUUUUUGUACUAAUGGCAUCUGCUCAGCCGUGCACGCAUUUCGACACGCCCGAGGGGCAAGUGGGUGCUGGUCAGCAAGUUCCAGACGGAAGAUGCGGCGAAUCAGUU